AUUUCCUGGUUGUCAUACCCAAGGUAAGCAUGGCGGCAGCAGCAACACCCGGAGUUGCAGAGCAAACACCCGGAGCAGCUCCGCAGAGAGCUGUGCCGUUUGAUUUAUCCCAGGCUCCAAACAUCGAAGGCUUCAACCCUUUGCCUAAAGUCAAAGAUGAGACUUUCAAGGAAAAGUUUGCGAGGAAAACCAAGGAGAACCCAUUCGUCCCGAUAGGUUGUUUGGGAACAGCGGGAGCGCUGAUUUAUGGUCUCCGUGCCUUCCAUCAAGGGAAAACCAGACAGUCCCAGCUCUUGAUGAGGGGACGCAUCUUUGCUCAAGGCUUCACUGUUGUUGCCAUUAUUGUUGGUGUUUUUGCCACGGCUCUGAAACCCAAGCAGUGAAAUGGAUCGAUCCCACAUCUCUGCCAUUGUCCAUUCAGUGUGUGGAAUCGCAGCAGACUCUGGACUUCUUUAAAUGAACUGAAUAAUGUAUUGGGUCUUUAACAUUCUUCAGACACAUAUGUAAAUGUCAGCAUUAUUUAUUGCUGUUUAAAAACUGUGAAUCACUCACAAAAAAUGAUUAUUUUCUCUUCUUGCUGACAGUGUGGAACAGCAAGGUUGAAUCGGCUUGUUACCAGUAAGCAGGCUGGACUUCUUUAACACUACUAAAAUUGUGUUGAAGCAAAUUGCUGAUAAAUGUAAAUUGUUUUCUUGCUGAUUUGGUGAGCUCGGCUUCAAAUGUAUCCCCCAUACUGUUGUUAUUAUAUUCUAAUAAAAUGUCACAUUUGAA